UUUAAACUGGUACUACCGCAAUUGCUCGUUAUUAUUAGCCAUCAAAUAAAACACUGGGCGCUCCAAUUAAAGUCAAAAUAGAUUUUUUUUUGGCCAAUAGCUCACCAUCAAAUCUGCACACCAACAGACAACUACAACAACAGCAACGGCGUUGGACAACGAGAAAAACAAGCCGCAGCACUCGCACUGGGAUUCGGGCUAGCAGCGCUGCCACUAAAACUAGGAAACCUACUCCGCUAGAGGCCGAACAGCAAAAGCAACAACAGCAAAAACAACAACAAAAACAAUCAAAGCGGCAACUUUUCAUUAAAAUGAAUCUCCUAAUGGUCUUUGUACUUGUAUUGGUAGCAUUAGUCUGCCAACCGACAUUGAUUUAUGGGCUAAGAGGAUCACAAAACUCAGCCGCUGCUACCCCCGCCGCCACAGCCGACCAGAGAAGUGUCAAAACGUUUGGCGGCGGUAAAGUGAAGCGUUCGCACACGCACACCAAACUCACCUCUGCUGCUGAUCUGGCGAAUGCUAAGUUGGUGAUAGCCCUGGAGUCGGGUGAUGUAUUGGUGAAGCGUGCGGCGCGCGGUACCAAUGUUGAAGGCGUGGAUGAUAGUGCAACGCCAGUUGAUGCGGCUACUGUUGGUGGAAGUGGUGGUAAGCGCAUAAAAAAUGGCAACAAUAAUAAGAAACAAAAUAAGAGUUCUGAUGCAUUAAAUGGUGGACGCAGCAAGCAGGAGAAAAAGUUCUCUGCUGCAAUUGGCAGUCAAAAUCAACAACAGCAGCACCAGCAUCAUCAUGGACAUCAUGGUAGCGGUAACGGUAACGGUAAUGGGAACGGGAACGGCAACGGUAAUGGCAAGGGCAGACAGCGUCAACAGCUGAGAUCACAGCAACAUCAGGGGCAUGGCAAACGCGGUGGCAAUGACGGUAAUGGCAAUGGUGUGGGUGCCAAAUUGCGAACGGAAAGCGUGGAAAAAACUGCAACGGCUGAGAAGUCACAAUCCAGCUGUCGUUACUCGAAGAGCGCUUGGACCGAAUGCGAUCCGAAAACCAAUAUGCGUACGCGUACUUUGACGCUCAAGAAAGGCGAAGCGAAUUGCUUGGCCACCAGAACAAUGCAAAAGAAGUGCAGGAAACCGUGUCGCUAUGAAAAGGGUGCCUGGUCGGAAUGUAUUAAUAGCCAAAUGACGAGGCAGGACAAAUUGAAACCAACUGCAAUAGCUAAUAUGGCUGGUGGAGCGACUGACGCCGCAGCUGAUUCCAGCUGUGAGCCGAUGCGCAUUAUUAACAAAAAGUGUAAUCCCGGCGGGGCAAAGAUGGCCAACAAGGCCAACAAAGAGCGCAAGCAAAAGGAAAAAGGACAACGCCGAGCACAACAACAGGCCCAGUGAGAGGACAGAAACGAAGAAAUAUACAAAAGUUUGGCAACAUUGUGUCGGAUGAACAAAGGGACACGAUUUUUUAAAUUAUAACAGAUGUAAUUUUAAGGCAUCGAGGGCUUGUAUUCAAUAUCGUCUAUCUGCAAUUUUUUCGAAAAUGUUUACAAGUUUUUAAUGUAUCGUGAGCUCUAAGUUAUUUUUCGCCCAUGGCAUCAAUGGCGAAUUUAAAAUUUAACUUUAAUGGUAUCAUAUUUUCGUUUUAAGGUUUUCAUUAUCAACAAUGGCAACACAAUUUUACUGGAAAAUUGUGUCCAUACAUUUUUUGUAGCUAGGCAAAUGGGAGCUAGUCGGUUCUACGUAACCGGAACACUUCAGCAGCACUCCUCGUAUAUGCAUGGGGAAUGUUUAUGCUGCUACAACAACAAGGGCUAGCUCAGUUACAUAUAUAUGCAUUAUGUAUAUUUUUAUAUGCACCAAAUGAUUAACAGUUGUAAUACAAUAACCUUAACAGUUUAAAAUAUUAACCGAUCUUUUCAUUCUGCAAAAAUCCCUACCAGCAAUAUUUAUGACAAAUAUAUGCAGUUGCCACCGCGCUGCUCAGUUUUUACCGAUCUAUGUUAUAAUUACAUCCCAUGUUACGUCACCAAACCAGCUGACUCCUUCAAAACCGCAGCCUUCAAAAAAAGCCGGUUAAUGGUCUGAUGUUGGCCUCACGUAAACAGUAUUUUUAGUCUCCUGAAAAAUGCGUAUUUGCAGACAGACAGCACUGAACAUAAGCUCUCGAUAUAUUUCUAAACAUAAAUGAAACCACGAACUAGUGCAUACUUAAACAACAUGUAUUAGAAAGUAUUUAGUACUAAAUUUGUAAAAAAAAACUCCAAAAGCGUGUAUCCAAAAGCACGCUUGACUUUUCAAUAAAGAAAUAUCUAAAUAUAUAUGAA